CAAUCUGUCAAAAGCACGUUGUUGUGUUGUGAUUUGCUGCCGCUCGGAUGGUGUGCAAUUGACGCGGUUUUACGGGUUUUACACAUUAGAUCUGGGACCGCGUUUUGUUUUGACUGUGCCGCUUCCGAAGGAAUAGUAAAAAAAAUACCCAUUUGUGCCGAUUUCGAUCCACGAAAUGAAGGAUAAUACGCCACCGAGACCGGCUUUCGACGAGGAUGACGAACUCAUCUACGUCGGGGAUGCUGACGAGGUGUUGAAUCAGUGGGAAGAGGAACUGAAUGAUGAGGACAAUGAAGACGAGCUUCUGGAAGAAGAUGAGGCUGCUGGUUUCGCUGACGGGGAGGAUGACAUGGAUGAUGUAUACAUUCCGGAGCGAGACGACGCACUGGUUACGUUCACCAAACACACCGGUCCGGUAUUUUGCGGUACUCUGCAUCCCACCGAAGAUCUUGCUGUAACCGGUGGAGAAGAUGACAAAGCCUAUGUGUGGAACACCAAGACAGGCGAAAGCGUUUUCGAAGUUACAGGGCACACCGAUUCAGUUAUUGCCUGUGAGUUCAGCUAUGACGGACUGUAUGUUGCCACUGGGGAUAUGGCUGGACAGAUUCAGGUUUUCAAAACCACACAGGAGUACAAGAAGGUGUGGGACUUUGCUAUGGGUGACAUGUGCUGGAUGAAAUGGCACUUUGGAGCACACGUUCUAAUGGCUGGUUCUGAUACGGGAGAGAUCUAUGUGUGGAGGAUACCUUCCGGAGAUUGCAAGGUACUGCAAGGAUUUGGAGAGAAGUGUGAAGUGGCGAGGCUUUCCCACGACGGAAAGCGAAUUGCAGCGGGUUAUGGAAAUGGUGCAUUUAAAAUAUGGGACAUUAAAACGAAUGCUCCUAUAUUGGAUGUUGUGCCAAAUGAGGCGACAACUCACACCAGCAAUAUCACGUGCAUGUCACUCGAUCGCGACAGCCAGUUAAUUUUAACCGGAAGCGAAGAAGGUAAAGCCGUAAUAAUGGGACCGGCGGGUCCAGUUGGAGUCUUGCUGCCAGAUGGUGGCCCAGUAGAAGCUGUUGUGAUCGACCAUCCUGAAUUUGAAUUGAAGGUAGCAGCCACCGGAACAUUGAAUGGAAAAGUAACUAUUUGGGACGUGGCUAGGCAAACAGCCCGAGUCGAGUGCGAAGAUCCUCACAAAUGUGGUGUAACAAAGCUUCUUUGGGGCAAAGACUGCACCCUGAUUGGUGGAACACUGGGCGGAGUGAUCAAAGUAUGGGAUCUGCGAAGCGGUGCACUGAAGUUUGAUCUUCUCGGCCAUAGGAACGAUGUUCAAGACAUUGCGUACGAUAAGCAGAAAAAUAUUAUCCUCUCAACAUCCGAGGAUGCGACUGCUAAAAUUUUUCAACUUCCGUGAGCUGCAAAGCUUGUAAGUUACGCAGAAAAGUGUUUUGUACAUUUCCCAAAAAUCAAUGUUAAUAAUAACUGUAUAUCAAAAAUU